GGCGAUCUCAACGGCACCGGAAUAGUACUAAUUGACAGAGAAAUAUGGGGACGCUACAGACUUGGCGAAAAGCCUACGGCGCUCUCAAAGACCACACCAAAGUCGGCCUCGCCCAAAUCAAUAGCGAUUUCAAGGAUGUUGAUGUUGCGAUCGUUAAAGCUACCAACCAUGUUGAGUGUCCACCCAAAGAGAGACACAUCAGGAAAAUUUUUGCUGCCACAUCAGCAAUUCGGCCUCGGGCCGACGUUGCAUAUUGCAUUCAUGCGCUUGCCAGACGAUUGGCUAAGACGCAUAAUUGGACGGUGGCAUUAAAGACAUUGAUAGUUGUUCAUAGGACAUUGAGGGAGGGGGAUCCUACUUUUAGAGAAGAGUUUCUGAAUUUCCAACAAAGAGGACGGAUUCUACAAUUGUCUAAUUUCAAAGAUGAUUCAAGCCCUAUCGCUUGGGAUUGCUCUGCUUGGGUACGUACAUAUGCACUGUUCUUGGAAGAACGACUUGAAUGCUUUAGGAUUCUGAGGUAUGAUAUUGAAGCUGAGCGUUUACUUAAACCUGGCCAAGGGCAGGAGAAGGGCUACAGCAGAACUAGGGAGGUGGAUAGUGAAGAACUGUUGGAGCAGUUGCCUGCUUUGCAGCAGCUGCUAUAUCGUCUCGUUGGAUGCCGGCCUGAAGGAGCAGCAGUUAGCAAUUACAUAAUACAAUAUGCUUUGGCUCUGGUGCUCAAAGAGAGUUUUAAGAUUUAUUGUGCAAUUAAUGAUGGAAUCAUCAAUCUGGUUGAUAAGUUUUUUGAGAUGCCAAGACAUGAAGCAAUGAAAGCCUUAGAUAUAUAUAAACGAGCUGGCCAGCAGGCUGGAAGCCUUUCUGAUUUUUAUGAUAUUUGCAAAGGUUUGGAACUUGCUAGAAAUUUCCAGUUUCCUGCUCUAAAAGAGCCUCCACAGUCCUUUCUUGCAACCAUGGAAGAAUAUAUAAGAGAGGCACCACGGAUGGUUUCCUCACCAAGAGAGACAUUGGAAUAUCCAGGAAUGCUUCAAUUGACAUAUAAACCAGAAGAAAAUUCUUCUCCAUCGCAAGAUACAAAUGUAUCUGUUAAUGAACCUCAGCCACUGCCUACAGAUAAUGUUACUGUCUCAAAUUUUGAGGUUCCUUCCCCUCCUACUCCUCCAAACAACUUGGAUACUGGAGAUCUGCUGGGAUUAUCUGUCACCAACCCUGAUGCAUCUGCAAUUGAGGAUAGCAAUGCUUUGGCUUUGGCCAUCAUUCCAUCCGAUACAGCUUCAUCACUCGACUCUGGUGCUGUGUUAGCAAAAGAUUUUGAUCCUACCGGCUGGGAACUUGCCUUGGUCACCACACCUAGCAGCAACAUGUCUUCUGUUAAUGAGAGACAACUGGCUGGGGGAUUGGACUCGCUCACUCUGAAUAGUUUGUACGAUGAUGCUGCAUAUAGAGCAUCUCAGCAGGCCAUGUAUGGAACACCAGCCCCAAAUCCAUUUGAAGUCUCAGAUCCAUUUGCUUUCUCAAACAAUGUUGCGCUUCCUCCAUCGGUGCAAAUGUCAGCAAUGGCUCAGCAGCAGCAGACCAAUCCCUUUGGUCCGUACCAACCUGCCUAUCCUCCACAGCCACAUCAGCAACAUUUGAUGAUGGGCCCACAAAAUCCAUAUCAGCAACAUUUGAUGAUGGGCCCGCAAAAUCCAUUUGGCGAUGCAGGGUUCGGAGCAUUUCAUGCUAACCCUGUUGGUCAUACACAAACAAACAAUCCAUUUGGAAGCACAGGUCUACUCUAAACAUCUUGGAAGUUGGGAACAUCUAAAAUAGUGUAAUUGUAACUUUACCCGGCGCAGUUAAACUUUUGUGUAUUUGGAGGUGAGCAAAAAAGCAGUGUGUGGCUGUGUAUUCCAUUUUUUUUUAAAAAUUUUAAUAAUUGAUGAUUUUAGAGCUUGAAUUAUAUGCUUUUGUAGAAGAUAGUAUAGUAAUUGGGUAAUGAAGAUGUAACAUUUUUCAGUCAAAAUGAAUAAUGAUUCCAUGUAUAGUCAUUUAUACAGUCUCCCUUGUUUAUUGGGGCUUGGUGUA